CUGAAGCGGGUGUUCAAAGCAUAAUUAAGGUUAUAUUUACAUUCGAUAAUGGCUGAAAGUGCGCACUAAUAUACGAAACACACAAGAAAUAUGAAGUUCAGGGGUAAGAUGACGGAGGUGUUAUGUAUAAAGCAGUUUUCAAAUAUAAUCGGAGCCUUGGCAAAACUGACGAAAGACUGUAAGUUGCGAAUAACACCGGACAAGAUAUUUUUCACUGUGUCGGAUGGUUCAACUCUGGAGCGACCAUUGGCAUAUUGUAUAAUAGAACAGGCCCAUUUCUUCAACGAGUAUACAGUGGUCGGUGUCUCCAACACACACAAUAUGAUAUGUUUAAUUUUUUCACCAGACCUAUUGGCGCGGGCUACGGCCAACUUGAGGACAUCAGCGAGUACUAAAUCAGUGAAAAUGAAACUGACGAACAAAAUGUCACCUUGCCUCACUUUUGAGAUAGAAUCGGGACAAUCACGGCUUUGUGUACACGACAUUCCUGUGACUGUUGUCCCACGGAGACAGUGGGGGAGCCUUGAAGACCCUGUCCUGCCAACUUUUGAUGUUAGUAUAGAUUUCCCAAAUUUCAGGAUUUUGCGAACAAUAGCAGAACGUAUGCGUAACAUCAACUUGUAUUUGGAAGUUGGGGCCAAUUCACUGGGAACACUUGUAAUUGAAACACGGACAGAUAUUGUCAGACUAAGAACUCAGUUCAGCGAUCUCAAUAUAAACAGCACAGCAAAUGCAUUGCCUGAUCCAGAAAAGAUUCGAUCCGUGAGAGUGGACGUCCGAAAAUUUGUACAAGUUCUGGCUAGUGAACAGUUGCACCCAAACAAAAUGCAGUGUGAUAUAGCUGAUGGUCGCUUGUUGCACCUCUUAGUCAUACAUGAGGAUGUGACUUUGCAUUACUUCUUGUCACAUUAUGACAGCUGAGAUAUGGCAGUAACCCUUCUUCCUUCCUCAAGUAGUGUUGGGGAGAGAGAGAGAGCUGUUGGAUCACACAUCUAUCAGAGCCAUGAUUAUGGUUGAUGGACUACUGUGGGAUAGUAACUUGCUGAUGUGUGAAAAUGUAGCAAUAUCUUUCGAUUCCCUUUUUUCUGAUAUGUAUAGCUUCUUAGUAAUUUAUUAUUGAUUCUGUAUUAUCUGUAUUAAAUGUGUUGUCUUGCUAAGUCUGUGGUUAUUGUGCUCAUUGAGUAGAAAGUCAACAACUUCAGGAAUACACAUAUUGGAUUCUGUUGAUUCCAAGCUAAGUUACAAAUAAAGUGCACUAUACAGGGUGUCUCACCUAACUCUGCCACCUCAAAUAUCUCUGAAACAACAAUAGAUAUUCAAAAAUGGUUUUCACGAGCAUGAACGUACGGCA